GAAAUCGAAUUGGAAUUGCAAAACACCGGAUCAGCGAAACAGAUUAUGUACUUACUGUCCUCGCCGUUGACAAUAUAGCUUGGUAAUUAACAUUUUUAUUAACUUUUGAAACUGGUAAGCUCGUGAAAAAUGUUACAACGUUUUGCACGCACUAUUUUGCAACAAAGCAAAAAUAUUCAUUACCCAAAAGCGGAAAGUGGCAAAAUUUGCUGUAAUGUUACCUUAGUUCGCUCCGCUGCUACUAGAAUCGACGACCCUAUGCGAGGUAAAGGGCCGAUUAAUUGGAGAAACCUUGCAUUGAUUGCCACAGCCGGUCUUGGGAGUCUUGGUUUUAUGUGGUAUGUUAAAGACGAAAAGGAACAAGCCUUGCUGAAGGAACGCAAAAGGCAACUGGGUAAAGCUGCCAUUGGCGGAGCAUGGGAGCUUGUGGAUUCCGACGGGAAUAAUCGUAAAUCGGCUGAUUUUAUCGGACAAUGGUUACUAAUUUAUUUCGGAUUCACGCAUUGUCCCGACAUUUGUCCAGAUGAACUGGAAAAAAUGGCAGCUGUAGUCGAUGGAUUGUGUAUUUACGAAGAAGCUGAACCUAUUCAACCUAUAUUCAUUACGGUUGAUCCACACAGAGAUACCAAGGAAUUGGUAGGGAAAUACGUGAAAGAAUUCCAUCCGAAACUACUUGGACUAACGGGUACGGUAGAACAAGUAGCGCGGGUGUGCAAGGCGUUUCGUGUUUAUUUCAGUGCCGGUCCUAAAGAUCAAGACGAGGAUUACAUUGUGGACCACACCAUUAUCAUGUACUUGGUGGAUCCAAAUGGUCAAUUUGUUGACUACUAUGGACAGAAUCGCGAUAAGGAGCAAGUUAAAAAUUCCAUACUUAUAAACAUGGCAAAGUUCAAACAAGCGAAUAAAAAAUCUUGGUUCUAAAAAAGUUUUUUUCCGUAAUUUUGUCAUAUAGUCAUCAAUACAUGUCUAAUAAAAUGUAACAUAAACUAGAUAGCUUUACUAAAAACGAAUAAUCGUUGAGGAAAGAGCGUUCACUUAACAGCAUUUCAAUGUUGAAAGGAAUAUACCAAAUCGUUAUAUUGCAAGAGACCGGAAAUCAAUCGAAAUUCAAGUUCGAACCAAGGAAUAAAUUUUAUUUUUAAAAGUAAAUAUUGUUACAUAUAUUACUUUUUUGAAAGCGGUCGAACGAAGAAACAAUAGCGCGUUAGGCAGCACACAGAG